AUGGUCUCUUCAUAUGAAUUGGCAUCGAACUACUCUUACUCUCCCAAAAACAUGGUCGAUCAAGCUCCAAAUCCCAUGGUCUACACGACCCUUUUGAACUCUUCGCUCUACAAGAUGGAAAAACAGCCCAACACCGUGCAAGCUGUUCCAAUGCAGUACCAGGGCCUCAGCUAUCAAGGCCGCCACUCCUUUGCCCAAAUUAGUCCCAAGAACAACUUCAUGGAAAGGAGCAACCAGCUUUCAAGCUAUGAAACUCAACAAGCUCGCCCGUACAACACUGAGCAAUACCCUCACCUCGUAAUGGGCUAUCCCCAGGCUAGAUACGUGCAGGAAAACUACAAUUCAGCAGAGAUUGCCAGGUCAUACACGAAUUCGAGUCCAGCGAACUCCUCGAACUUCUUCCCGGUCGAUAGACGAAAUGUGUUGCAGAACAGUGCACCUUCAGCGUAUUACGCACAGUCUUAUCCUAGAGCGGCUCAAAGCAUGCCGAAUCCAGUCCGAGUCGAUGUAUCAACUGUGACACCAAGCACUUCCCGCCCGAUGGAAUUCGGUGGACAGAAUUACUCGAGCAGGAAUGCGAUGAGUUUCCCUACCCCCGUGCCGAUGCAAACGCCAAAUGUCAUGCCGAAUUCUCCACAUGCUUCCGAUUUUCAGGGACAGACAUUCUCAAGGUCAGCAAAUGUCCCGCACGCUAUGAAUAUGCCUGCCAGUCUUCCUAGUACGAUUUCAGACAGCACGAAUUACUCCAAGAACUCACAACCAAACAGCUCAGGGGCUUGCAUGGCACUCAUUCUGCGCAAGCCUAAGGAAUCCAUCCAUCGCUUCCAGUCCAUUUGCUGGAACGAUGAAUUCUACGUCACCAAUCCAACUGCAAUUCAAAGGAUAGCAUUGAAGUUUGAACAUGUUCUUGACCCUUCGUUGCUGCUUCAGAGUCUUGAUGACGUCGUGAAAAAAUUUCCGACGAUCACGAGCAAGAUUUGUCAUUAUCAAGGCAAACUCUGUUUUCAUCUUGCCUCUGAACAAGUCACGCUUCGAGUAAUCUUAGUGAAACCCCACAUCCUAUCGGACAUGAAUCAGUGGUACAACGCAUGCAAUGAAUACAGGCCUGUCUCGAACGAAUCCACAGAGCGGCCUCCUCUCUUCCAGGCUUUCAUCCUACUCAGCAAUGAUCCCAGUCACGGAUGCGUCUUUGUCGUUUGUUUCGAUCAUGUGCUGGGAGAUGCCAUCACCUAUGGAAUCUUCUUGAACCACUGGUCUCAGGAAUACUCGUUGCUGAAAGAAAAGUUUGGAACAAAUCUUGCCAGCUCGCUCAGCAACUUGCCACCAUGUAUGUAUGAGAGACCCUCGAUGCCUCCUCCGAUCACACCGCCGCACCAGAUCCGAAUGCUAAGGUACGAGCUCAAUACUCAGUUUCUGAGCACGGUCAAGGCCCAGUACUGCUCGCCAAGUGAUCGACUGAGCACCAACGACAUCUUGAUGGCGCAAUGCGCCUGUGCGUUAGCACCGCAUCGCAAGGGCCCGCAGGCGAUGCCAUAUGCUCACAUCAUCGUCUUGACUGACAGGCGCAAACGAGGACUGAGCGAGGACUUCUUCGGGAAUGCCGUGGUGGACAUCAACGUGUACAUCUCUAUGCAGCUGCUGCUUGAAGGCAACGUGUUGGCAGUCGCGCGGGAUAUCCGCAAGGCAGUAAACAACGGCCUGUACAUUCUCGAGCACAAUCUGCCCAAAUUCAACGAGGAGAAGCUUGCAGCAGAGAAGUCACCUUACCCGAAGCUCUUCGUUUGGAACUCGUGGAUGCGUGCCGGAAGGUCGAUCCUCGACGCCAAGUUCGGGGAGGAGAAAGGCGUCCUCCGCUUCGAAUGGCUCAAUCUCCUUGCGAACGCAACUCCCAACUCUCCCGAGGUCAUCCUCGCCUUUCCGGUAGCUCAACCAUCGGGAACCAUGGCCAUCCAGAUCUCGUCGGAGAACUGGGACGAGUUCAAGAGCAUCGCCAAGUACUGGGGCGAAGGCAAGCAGGUCGGGCUGGACCAUCUUCGCAGAUAG